AUGUCUCGUUUCUUUAAUCGUUCUAACAAAAGUUCGGCGUCGCUAGACAAGAUCCAAAAUCAAACUCGCGAUCGCUCACCCAACUUACGCGAACCAUCACGUCCACAGCAACCAUUGUCCCAACAGGCACAACACUCCGAAGUCGAAGGUCCGCUAUACCAACAGUCGCAGCCAGGCCAACGCGGUAGUGGCAUAUACCGACCUGCGCAAGAGCAGACGUAUACUAUUCAUUCGAGCCAACAAGCCCCUCAGGACGAGAGGUACUACAACGACAACCCUACGCACCUAAGUCGGUCGUCGUCUACACACCAGCCGACUAUAUACGCCGAGCAGCAGCAACUCCAGCAGCAGCAGCAGCGUCCGACGAUCAGCCUCGUCAACCCUACUCUACAGCAGCAAUCUAUUGCUGAGAACGACUCAUCUGCAGGCCCCACUCAAUUUGAACCUUCUACCAGGCUACGGACUAGUGGGGCAAAGGAGAAGGAGGAGAAAAAGUCUAGAAACAGCGGUAUACGAAGUCUGUUCGGUGGUAGCAAGGAGAAAAAAGAGGGAAGAGAUACUUCCAGCGAAUCUAGCCGUCUCAGUCGGCACAGCUCGAUCCUGAACAAGCGACAGCCAGCCCCUACCUCCCCAUCAGGCCUACAAAACACCCAAGCCAGUCCACAGGUUCCUCAAUCUCCUCAGCAAAGCCUUUCUGAGUCGAUCGGUACAUAUCAAAGUCAGAGCUUUCAGGCCCCGUCACAGGAAGACGUUCGCGAGGAAGAACAAACCCGAUACGAACAAUAUUACCGACCUCGACCGAACAGUCAGUACGCACCUCCCUCGCAGCAGGAACGAAGGCCUUCAAUUCAAUACGAGGAAGACGCACCACAGUUUCCUGCUCCGCCUCAAGCCCAACAAUAUCAACAACAGCACCUCUACCAUCAACCAAACGUCUCUCAGCCUCACAUUGACCUUUCUACGGACGUUCGCAAGGAUCACUUUGCCUAUACCAGUCAACCUAUUCGUGACCAACCAUCGGCCUUAUUCGAGCCCGAUCAGUCACUUCGGCCCCCUUCCCAAUCCUCUUUAGGUCCGCCUUCCCCACUAGGAGCCCCGUCACAAUUAGCUUCCCGGAAACCUACAUCGAACCCUCCUCGAUACUCGGUACAAGCCGCACAGACGUACCAGGCUGCGCAACAAGCCGCAAACCAGCAAACGCAGUCUCAACAGGUCCAAGCUCAAACCCCACACCAGUCGCAGCAAACACACGGAGACAACCAAUCCUUGCAGGAACGAGGAAUGCCAAACCGUGAUCGAGAUAGACAACAGCGAGACUCGCGCAUGGAAGAGCAAGAUCUGAGAUACCAAGUGCAAGAUCCAAGGGCCAGGAUGUCUACUGCUACUGCCAAUGAUCAAGGAAGGAGUACCCCUCCACCAAGAGGAAGAGACGAUGCACAAACACUUGAUCACCAGACAUUGCUGCAGCGCUACGAAGAGCUGCAGGCUAAAUACUCGAAGGUCAAGAGAUACUACUUCGACCGCGAGGCACAAGUCACACAGCUUCAGAACGUGGUUGCUAAUCAGCGGCUGUCCAUGUCAAAGACGUCUCUGGACGAUGCACAGUACGCCAAUCGCUUCGAGAGACUGAGUGGUGCUAUUCAAAAUCUCGCCUUCAACAUUCGCAAAGACUGGCGCCGACUGCCGAACUGGCUUGCUCCUGCCUGCAAUCGUGAUGCAUGCGCAACAGGCACAAAAGAAAUGACUGCUGUUGGUCGAGCCUGCAUAUCGCGCUGGCUAUUUGAACACAUCUUCCAGACCGUCUUCCAUCCUGGCAUUGACGAACGACUCAGCCACGAGUUGAAGAGUAUGGAUCGUGCUCUUCGCCGUUCUCCAUCGGUACUUACAGAAGAACAGCGUGAUGACUUGUUGACCAAAGUCACAACAUGGCGCCUGACAACGUGUGAAGCUCUGUCUGAAGUACUCCACAGUCGACAAAGCGAAGCUCACACUGAAGCCUUGUCACGCAGGUUGGCUGAUGAGCUCUGCGCGUACCUGCAUUCCCUGCUCAAUGUACCAGCACCACCCAAUCUGGAGGGCUAUCUGCAGCCGAUUGUCGCACAAGCACUCUCUAUCUCAGCCAACUUACCACUCGAGAGUCGAGAUAUCUGCAUAGAUUACUACUACCCUGGCACUCCUAUGAAUGAGACAUUCAUGAAACUUGAGACUGGAAUGACCCCACUUGUACAGCCAGGUAGUGCUCCCAACAGAGAGGAUUACGAAGAAACCAUCGACGACGAUGAUACAGCCAGGAGCAUGAAUUCGGAGAACGACGUUGAUGUCCAAGAACAAAUUCGAGAAGGUGUCAGAGCAGCUGCCACCUCUUCUAACAACACUAUUACAAGUACAGGCUCCAAAGACUCCAAGCACAAAGCUAAAGGCUUCUUUUCUGGAGGCUUCUCAGGCGGUCUUGUAAGCAACAAGAAAACACCGUCAGCCUCUUCUGGUCGUGGUCCGAGUCAAACCGACCUCCUUUCAAAGGGGGAUGGAGACAAAAACAAAGAAGACGACCACGCAUGGAACUUCGAUGCCAUGGUUCGUGGUCAAAAAGAAGGCAAGAUUCGGUUCGCCGUCUUCCUCGCUGUAGAAGUCAGAGGGAAAUCUUUGAAACUGCAGGAAGGUUCACAAAGUGGUAAUGGUAAUGGUGGCGACAAAGGCGACACCAAGAGCGCCCAACAAGCUGGAGCUAUCAGCGCAGGUCCAGGCGUCGCUGCUGCUAGCGGAACCAGUGGAGGUGCAGGCACAGGAGGCGUUAACGUGCUCGUGAAAGCGCCUGUCUUUGGGUUCUAG